CAGAACGGACAAAAACCAAUCCAGCUCACUGAUCAUUAACUAGAUGGGCAGACUAAAUCAAAGGUGUAUUACUGACGCUAUAGAACUUCGAAGGAACAAAACACACCCACCAAAACCUGAUAACCCCCCGAUGACUCUCUUAAUAAAAUGUGCAUUAAACUAUGGUCCGCAUGACUGCAAAACUUUCUUUUUUUCAGUGGUGCGGUUCUUAUUCGUACACAGUAUAUGACAUAAUACAAUCAAUAAUCUAUUUAUAUAGUCUAUAUUUAAUUUUUUGCUUUGUAAAAAAAAAAAAAAAGGCGUUUAAUGUGUUGUUUUUCUUUUCUUGGAGUACUGUUACCUAACCAUUUAUCGAUAGAGAGCCUGUUGAAAUCCAUUCAGUCAAGACCGCUGGAGAAGCUUUCAUUAGCACUGAAAAACAAUUCAGACAGUGUGUGGUCCUGUCUGCAGUGUGACCAGGUGAUUCGUAAUGUGCAUGAAGACUUCCUGUCCUCUGUCAAAGACAUCACUGUCCGUGAUCAGAUCGAACUGCAGCAAAUCAUUGAGCACGCUUAUGUCAACUAUCGGGACACCAGCAGACUGUUUCAUGGAGUCAUAGAUCCUACAACACUCUAUCGUGCUCGGACAGAAUAUCAGAGUGAAUUUAAGAGGCACUGGAAAGAAGACAGGACAGAUUCUAUUCAGUGGGAUAUGAUUAAUAUUGUGGAGAAAGGAAAGAGAAUCCUUCGGAAACAUUUGGAGGUUUUUGUUGCCCAAGGUCUGUGUCCAAAUAAAUGUGGGCUAUUGUAUCAAAGAGUGAUGAACUGCACUUCCUGUCAGUAUGGGCUCUAUACGUGUUUGUCAGCCACGCCGCCUCUAGACUGUGGAGAGCAUCAUCUCGAGGCAGAUGAAGGAGAGGAGGUGGUGCUGGACUGUUUCCUGCCCUGGCACGCUCUUAUAGUUGGACAGACCGAGUACCAUUACUCCUGGCAUCCUGGAGAGAAGAAUCUGUCACAAGACGGGGAGUAUGAAGUGCUGGUGGUGACAGAGGAGUCUAAAAUAGUUCUCAAUCAGCUGAAAGUCAAUGAGGAAGGCACAUACCGCUGCCUCCUACAGGAUCAAAAGGACACUGCACUGUCCCGCAUGUAUUUCAAACUGAAAGUCAACCCACUGCCAUCUACAACCCCUAGACUGAUGGUGACAUUUCCGUCCCUGCCCUCGGGUUAUGAUGCCACACUUCACAUCCUCCAGAGGAGCAGUUUUAUCAUUAUACUGAGUUUACUGACUGUACUCAGCAUCACAGGCAGCCUUGUCAUCAUAGUGAACCUCAGACUGACCAUGAAGCGACAGGACGACACGAGAGACAGCAGGAGAGGAGGAGAGGAGGAGGAUGGGGAGGACAUCGAGCUGAUGAGUGUGACAGAAUGAGGGAUGUGAUCCAAAGAGACACAUGAAUAAAAGACCACAGACACACAGGAGACUGAUGAGUUUCAAAUGUGUCCAUUUAAAAGAUCAA